AUGGUUGAGCAACAUGCCGACACCGAUGAAACUCGACCCCUGCUCGCCGAUGAGUCUUCACUGCGAACCCCUGCAUGCUCGCAACAGAAGAAGUUCAUGAUCUUGACCAUGUGUGCGAUCUUCGUUUUGGCGGCGGAAAUUGGCACUUUUGUCUCGCUCGCUCCUGAGACUGCGAUCUACGAACGGAUCAUCUGCCGCAACCAGGGAAUACUGUCUGAUUCAGUUGAUACACCUCUCGUUGGAGUUCCACCGGCGAAUCCAAAUGACCCUUGCAAAUCGGAGUCCGUGCAGGCCGAGCUGGCGCUCAUUAAGGGCUACAAGGACAUGUUUGAGGUCCUUCCUAGCAUUCUACUCUCCCUACCAUAUGGCGUACUGUCGGAUCACUGGGGGCGCAAGCCCGUCCUCUUGUUGGGCAUUGUCGGAAUUGUACUCGGGGAGAUGUGGAUUCGUCUGGUUGCGCUCGUUAUGGUCGCGGACGUCUUUUCAGAAGAAGAAAGAACAACCGCCUUGUUUCGUCUACAAUCAUGCGCCAUUGUCGCCGAGAUCUUGGCAACUCCUCUCAGCGCUUGGCUCAUGCAGUUUGAUUACUGGCUGCCGUAUACUCUCGGGUUCUUCAUUAUCGUUCUCGGAUGCACUCCAAGUUUGUUUCUGCCAGAUACGCUGCAGGAGGCCAAAGCGAACAAGGCCAGAUGGCUUGAAGUAGCAAAUGCAGCUUCUGGGGAGACUUGUGACACCGUUCACAUUGACGGCAACGUGGCUGAUGCCAACAUUGAAGCACCCGCCAAACGCUCAGUCUUGCAAGAGUUUGUGGAUCAAACUGUCGAGUUCGUUCGCUCAACGCAGUUCAUCUGGCGCAACAUUAGUGUUCUCCUGAUAGUUCUGAGUCUGCUGGUCGCCAUGCUCAGUCGAUCAUCUUCGAUUGUGUUGAUUCAGUACGUCUCGAAGAGAUUCCACUGGAGCAUCGCUCGGAGGAUGUCUGCCAAAUUACUGAUGACCGAGCAGUCAAGCCUUCUCAUCUCGAUACGCGGAGUCUUCACCCUGCUCAACUAUCUAGUUAUCAUGCCCGGUGUAUCCUUUGCCGCGACGCAGUACCUUAACAUGCAUGGCGCGCGCCGCGAUUAUAACAUUACACUCGGGAGCGGAAUACUCAUGGUUCUCGGCUUUGGCCUGAUUGGACUCGCACCACUGCCUCCGUUUCUGAUUCUUGGAGUGAUUACCCUGUCUCUCAGCACAGCCUUUAGCAUCACCGCACGCAGUUUGGUGACUAGUCUGGUGGCCCCGGAUCAUGUGGGGACUCUAUAUUCCGCGAUCACGAUUUCUCAGUCCAUUGGAAUUCUCGUGGCCGGCCCGCUCUUUGCGUACUUGUUCCGGACUGGGUUGCAUCUGGGUGGUGGCUGGAUGGGACUGCCCUUUGUGCAAGCCGGUCUGCUCUCGUUUAUCGCAACGGUGGCCGUGACGUGUGUGCGGGUUCCUUCUCCAACGUGCCCUGCUGUAGAAGAAGAGGAGCACUUGCUACCGUGA